UAUUUAUCGUGUUUCUAAUAAUGACCUCAAUGAUGAUAAUCUUUGUGGUCUUUAUGUUUGUAAUCGUGAUGAUAGUCUUUAUGGUCUUUAUGUUUGUAAUCGUGAUGAUAGUCUUUAUGAUGUUCUUUGUGGUGUUCUUUGUGGUGUUCAGCCCGUUUGUGGUGUUCUUUAUGGUGUUUGUCAUGCUCUUUAUGGUGUUUGUCAUGAUGUUUAUAGUCUUCGUGAUAAUAGUCUUUAUGAUCUUUAUGGUGUUUAUGAUGAUAUUCUUUAUAAUCAUGAUCUUUAUGGUGCUUAUAAGGAGUACGUUUGUGGUGAUGUUUAUCAUCCUUAUGGUAAUCAUCGUGAUGGUAAUCGUGAUGAGGAUGAUGAUAAGGAUGAGGAUGAUGGUGUUUAUCUUCAUGUUUAUAUUCAGGA